AUGUUCUCCGACAUUAGCCUCAAGGGUGCUCUUCUCAGCGUUGUCCUCGCUGCAGGUGCUGUCGCCAACCCCAUCGAGAAGCGUGCCGCCUGCUCUCAAUACACCAUCAUCUCCACUCGUGGUACUGGUGAAAUCCAAGGCCCUUCUGCCGGAUUCAGAACCAUGAACUCGCAGACCCUCGCUCAGGUCCCCGGCGGUACCGUCUACAACACUGUUUACCUUGCCUCUGCCGACCAAAACUCCGCUCUCGGCACAGCAGACAUUGUCAACAAAGUCACCUCCUCCCUCGCCACAAACCCCAACAUGUGCUUCAUCCUCCAAGGCUACUCCCAAGGCGCCGCCGCAACCGUAAACGCCAUGCCCCGUCUUACCGGCGCCGCCAUGACCGCCGUCAAGGGAGUCUUCCUCAUCGGCGACCCAGAGCACCGCUCCGGCCUCGCCUGCAACGUCGAUGCCAACGGCGGCACCACCACCAAGAACGUCAAUGGUCUUUCUGCCCUCCUCGGUGGCAUUCCUACUGCUUGGGUGCCCAAGACUAUGGAUGUUUGCGCUUUUGGAGAUGGUGUUUGUGAUACUACUCAUGGAUAUGGUAUCAAUGCUCAGCAUCUGUCUUACCCUUACUCAAGCAGUGUGCAGAGUAUGGGCACCAAGUACAUGGUUGCUCAGCUCACUGGCUCCAGCUAG